UGCCGAUGCGCCUGGAAAAAAUAUGCGUGCGCCACUACCCGCCGGGCCUGCGCCUUUGCUACAAGACGUCGAUGGGCGAGCAGAAGCAGUCGACGCUCGACCUCUUGAGCUUGGGCCCCGAGACGAACGUGCGCCUGCUCGUGAACCAGCUCAUCGAGAAGGAGCCGCUCUUGACGGCGCGCCAUGCGACGCUGCUGCAGACGAUCCUACACGCGCUCAUAGAUAAGCAGUGUCCACUGGACGACGACGGCGAAUUUCGCCUGAGCAAGACACUGCGCCCCCACGCCCAGCCCAUGACCAACUUUGUCGCGUCCAAGAAUGCGUCGCUGCUUGUGACAUCGAGCUACGACAAGACGGCGCGCCUCCUCCGCCGCAGCGACAAGACGCAAGCGGAGCAAAAGUUGGUGCUCUCCGGCCACGACGGCGUAGUGUACUGCGUCGCGCUCAACCAACCGUACUCGAGCCUCGCUCUCACGGGCUCGUUUGACAAGACGUGUCGCUUGUGGCACACGUCGACGGGAAAAGUCGCGCGGACCUUUGCUGGCCACGAAGGCGAAGUCGUUCAUGUAGCGUUCAACGCCAAGGGAACGCACUUUGGCAGCUGCUCCAUGGACUGCACGGCGACACUAUGGGACGUGGAGGCCGGGUCGUCGGUGUUUGAUCUCGUGGGGCACACAGCCGAGGUGUCCACCUUUGCGUUCGACUCGUCGUCAAGCCUCAUGGCGACCGUAGGCGCUUGCGACGCGAGCGUGCGUCUCUGGGACUCACGCUACGGCGCAUGCUUUCGGUCGUUCGACGCGCACGCAGCAGACAUUGCGACCGUGAGCUUCAACCACCAGUCCAACUUGCUCCUGAGCGCGUCUGCGGACGGUACCGCGCGCGUGUGGGAUGUCCACCACGGCAAACUGCUCUUUGCCUUCGAGGACCACCAAGGCGAAGUCACGGACGCCUGCUUCAACGCGACGGGCUCGCUCCUCGCCACGAGCGGCGUCGACGGCUCCAUUUACGUCUACGACACGCUGCACGGGCACAAGCGCUGCAUCUGCCGCGGCCACAAGGGCGAGGUGACCAAAAUCAUGUUUACGCGGCAAGGCGCGCGCCUCGUGAGCGCGAGCGCAGACAAGACGGCGCGUCUCUGGGAUACACAGAGCGGCAACUGCGUCCAAGUGCUCAGUGGUCACGAAGACAGCGUGUUUGGGUGCUACGUGAGCUACGACGGCCGGUCGAUCGUAACGGGUAGCCACGACAACACUGUACGCAUCUGGGGCUCGGACGACGACAAGUAA